GUCCAGUGCAUCUUUGUGUCCAUCCAAAACAGUGUAUCUUACCGAGCCAGACGUUGACCGUCUUAAUAAAGAGUCCUCCGGAAGGACACGGCCGACCAUGCUUAAUAUUACGCCCUUGGUAUCGCUCUUCGCGCUUGCUGGUCAAGCGUAUGCUUUGACCAUCGAUGUCGGUGGAUCCGUGGGCAACGUAUCCGCGGCAGACUUCCUCAAUGUUCCAGACUCAAGUCUGUUGGCUACUUGUCAGAGCCCCUGCAACAAUGCUACCACUCAGAUACAGAAUUGCGGUCCUGACGACAUGUGUCUCUGCGGACCAGGGACCAUCACCGCCAUAACCUCCUGUCAACAGUGUAUGUUUGAUGACCUGGUCGACAGGUUUGCGGAGAGCACGGAUCCCCGCGCUGGCUCAGCUUCAGCGCUAACCGCUUAUAGCACCGCAUGCUCCACCGCAGUAAAUGUAACUAUCCCGUCCCAGUUCAUCACCUUACACCUCCCUCCGAACUGGGAUGGUCCGUAUGGUGUUGGUCUCAGUCUACCAGUCACCGUUCUUGUAGUUGCGGCGGGUGCUCUACUGGGAGGAAGUGCCGUCUUGUUGUUGUCGAACAUGUAGGACCGGGUUAGAGCUCCUUUACCACCGUGGAACCUAAUUAUUAUAAUCCUUGUACAAAUUGACACCUCGUGUAUCGCUAGAUUAUUAUCCACCUGGUUUUUCGGGAAAUGUACGAGUACUUAUAUCUCCGGAGUGAUCGUGAAUGAUUUUAGAGCUUGUCAGACUCAAG